AUGUGCGUAGUGGAGGUCAUGGGAUAUAAGCGGUGGACGCAUGGGAUGACCGGGAGUAGUGCUGCAUCUCUCAGUAGUCAUGGUGCUCCUCAAGGCAUUUCUGAGCUGUAUCACUCUAGCGGUACCUACAUUCUCCAAGGCCCUCAGGCAUUUUUGAGCUGUAUCACUCUAGCAGUACCUACAUUCUCCAAGCCCUCAGGUUACACUGCUCCUAAACACGUUGUUGAUUAUUAUAGUCCAGCCCACUACUCCUUCAAGUACGGGGUGCACGACCCGGCCACGGGGGAUGUGAAGCAGCAGCACGAGACACGGGAGGGUGACGUGGUCAAGGGCCAGUACAGUCUGGUGGAGCCGGACGGGUCCGUGCGCACGGUGGACUACACGGCAGAUCCUGUCAACGGGUUUAACGCCGUGGUCAGCAAAUCUCCGGGUGUCCACCCCCCAGCCGUGGUCGCCGCCAAACCGGAGCCUGUGGCCCCUGUCUACACUGUAGCAGCUCCGGCCCUGGCCCCGGCUCUGGCCCCGGCCCAUCUCCCUGAUAUUCCAGUGCCGGCAGUACCGUAUGGGCCUCUGGUAGAGGAGCCCCAUCCCCUAGCGUACGGCGAGAUCAGCUACCUGGAUACAGGUGUCGGAUACCCGCCGAAUACCCUGGACAGCUACGGCCCUGGUCUCUACGGACAUGUCGCUAGUCCGUACAAUCACUACGGACUCCCCUUCCAUGACAUCUACUGAUGUUUUAAACUGUAAUAAUUGUAUUUUUAUGUAAAUAUUGUAAAAUCACGAACCGAAUUGUACAUUUUUACAUUUUUUUACUGCUUUUAUGGACAAAUACGUUUUUACUGUGCACGUUUUUUUGGUUUUAGUUUUUUAUAAUUACACUUUGUUGAGGGGUAAGGGGAAACGUUACUUUUUGUAAAUAGGAUCUUGGGUUAAGGGACCAAAAGUUGGGAAAGCAACUUCCAAUAUUAGUUCUUAGGUUUAUACGGUCAGUUGUCAUGACUAACAUUUAUGUUUUCUGUUCACAAAGCUUCGAAACAAAGAUGUGUAGGUUUAACAUCUGUUGAUUUAAUAAUGCUUUCCAAAGCAAGACCUAAACAUUUUAAGAACUCAAUAGGGGUGACAAUGUUCCAGUUUGAUGUGCACUAGGGAGCUUAGAUGUUACUUAUAAUUUCCAAACUAUAAUUUAUAUACAGUUUCAUAACUGGAUCGUACUUUCUAAACAACGUUACUGUAAACUUUUCAUUUACGAAAUAUAAAAUCAUGUUACGGAGUUAUUUUUAAUUUGUAAUGUAUAUUUUUUAUUAUAAAACUAAUAAAAUCUAACUAUGCUUGGUU